AUGCCACAAGACCCAUGCUGGCCUGAACAUAAUCUAUGGGCGCGAUUCAACAAAACAGUGCAUGGAAGGUUGAUUGCAACAAUCCCAAUCGCCAGCGUGUGUCACAUCGACUCGUUCGCCCCGUACGAUAAAUCGCAAUGCGACCAACUCCAGUCCAAUUGGGGUUUCCCGAAAACACACUAUGAAAACCCCUCAUCCAUUAUGGCGCCAAGAUUCACGAAUCUAAGCUGCAAUCCCUUCUCAUCGAGACGAUCACCUUGCACGAUCGGGAAUUAUGUCCAGUACGCUGUGAAUGCGACAGAUGUCGCACAUGUUCGGGAGACGAUCAAUUUUGCAGCCCGUCACAACAUCCGCCUCGUUAUCCGCAAUACUGGACAUGAUCUGCUUGGGAAGUCCACUGGAGCUGGAGGACUGGCGAUCUGGAUGCAUUACAUGAAGGAUAUUUCUAUUGUGGAAUACGUCUCGCCGCACUAUUCCGGCAAAGCCGUGAAGGUGGGAGCUGGAGUUCAAUCCUUUGAAGGUAGCGAGGCAGCUUAUAAAGCUGGACUUGUUAUCGUGGGAGGCAACUGUGCCACGGUCGGGCUGGCAGGGGGGUAUUCCCAAGGCGGCGGUCAUGGCCAAAUGGUGUCCCAGGUAGGACUCGCUGCUGACCAGGUCCUGGAAUGGGAGGUCGUUCUCGCAAAUGGGAAACUGGUAACUGCAUCCCCAAUGGAACAUCCGGAUCUUUACUGGGCGCUCUCAGGUGGAGGCGGAGGAACUUACGGUGUUGUUGUGUCGAUGACGAGCAAGGCUUAUCCUGAGCUGCGGACGGUGUCGGGUAACAUUUCCUUCUCUGACACGGGUGUAUCGCGAGAUACAUUCUUUGCCGCGGUCGCAAAAUUCACAUCGAUUCUUCCCUCGAUCGGGGACGCUGGAGGUGCAAGUGUUUGGUGGUUAACUAACACUACACUGGCAACGGCGCCUACUACUAUUCCGGGCAGAACAGCGACGCUUUUCAAUUCUCUUUUUAGUCCUUUGAUUGAAUUCCUCCAACAAAACAACUUACAGCAUACAUAUUAUGUGGACGAUUUCCCCACAUACUACGACGCAUACCAGACGAUGAGCCCGCCGAACAACAUAACAGAUCAACUUCUUGGUGGUCGCCUAAUUCCAAGGUCCGUAGUCGAGCAGAACCUAGCGGAUCUAACCACCACAUUGCGGAAUAUUGUCGAAGGAAACGACGGGUUCCUCAUCUCAGGAAUAAUGGUCAACUCGUCUCGAGUUGCAUAUCCCGACAACAGUGUCAAUCCAGCCUGGCGAGAUGCGUUGAUGGACAUUGUAAUGGGGGCGAACUUCGACUAUGCUGAUUGGGAUACCGAUGUUGCCCGCCAGCAACUUAUUACGAACGUUCUCAUGCCCCAGCUAGAAGAGUUGACACCCGGAAGUGGUGCAUAUUUAAAUGAAGCUGAUCCAAAUCAGAUAGAUUGGCAGCAGGCGUUUUAUGGGGAUAACUAUGACAUUUUGUUAGAGAUUAAAAAAAAGUAUGAUCCUCACAGCAGGUUCUACGCUUUCAAGUCCGUGGGAAGUGAGGCUUGGACAGUGGUGGAGAAUGGGCGAUUGUGUAAGUCGCAAGCUGAUUAG